AAGAGGCUUUCUAGUUGAUCGACAAUAUGACACUUUCGUAGAAAUUCUUUGGAAAAUCAGUUGAAACAUGAGAGAGGACGCUAUUCUUAUAUUCGUAUCUUCCCUCGUCUCGGUCCAUUGUCAUUUGUUCACCGAUGCAGGUUCAGACCAGCACUGCGAGGAUGACACGUGCAUAACAGAUGAAAGACCGUGUUUUAUUCCUCGGGAAAAAGGUAUCUUAACGCGCCUAGAUGGAGUAAAAGUUGGGCACAAACAGAAAGUUGAUCUUGGAGCAGAAGGAAAAAAAGUACUGAUAACUCGGGCUUUGAAACCACUCUUGUUUGAGAUCCCGAAUUUCUUAUCUGAAGAAGAAUGCAACCACGUUAUAUCACUGGCCAAUGAAAAGGAGUUGGUCAAAAGUGUCGCUAGAGGAGGACUAACAGAGAGCGACACAUGGACACAUGACCCAAAUCUAUUUGGAAAAGCGGAGGGCUCGAGAGGACUGUAUGAAAAUUGGGACUUUGAUCAAGAUGGAAAAAUAACAAUUGAUGAGAUAAAGAGAUUUGCGAAAGUAGAAAGGUACCUUUAUCUCACGGAUGAGGAAGUGAAACGCAUAUUUCACGACUUGAAGCUACGGGAGUUCGAUGAUAGUGUCAUUACUCGUGAGGAGUUUCAAGACAUGAACACGCUCCUUGUUGACAGCUACUUGUACGAAAUGGGCCGCAGCCAUCCGCGUCACCGAGAAAGAUUUAGUGAACAAACAUGGCUGACAGGGGAACACGAAGACGGAAUUCUUCAAGACAUCCGCAUGAGAGUACAGGCAGUUACAAAGCUGCCCGAUGAGAUUAUCUAUGGAAGUGAGUACUUACAGGUUGUCCGUUAUGGAGUUGAUGGACAUUACCACGCCCACCUCGACAGCGAGACGCAUGAGCAUCCCGAGAUACCCUGCUGUCAUCAGAUUCAAGGAGCCGGAAUGGAUCGUGAAAGGAGAUGCAAGUUAUGCAGAUAUGUUACGAUCCUCUAUUUCUUAAAUGAACCUCCCGAGGGAGGUGAAACGGCUUUCCCGAUGGCGGACAACGCAACGUUUAUUAAAGAGAAUUUCGCGUCGUUACGUUCCAAGGAAGAUUUCUACAAUUUAAGUGAGUUUUGCCACAAGUCAAAUCUGGUGGUGACUCCUAAAAAAGGAACUGCUAUCUUGUGGUACAACCACGAGAUGGACCCAAACAGUGGCUGGCUGGGGAGAAUGGACGAGUAUUCAAUUCACGGAGGAUGCGCAGUCAAAAGGGGGAUAAAAUGGAUAGCGAACAACUGGAUCACCGCCCCAUAUAAGAAGCUUGCUCAUGUCCCAAGUCAGUACAUACUGGGUCCGGAUAUUUACUUCAGUGAAGAUUAAAAAAAGAUGAUUUCGCUCGGAUAAAUGAGGAACACAAGCCAGUAGUCACUGUACUGAUCGAUAAAGCGUAGGUGCAAUAUGCACACGAGCCUCGUAAACAAGACUCUUUCCGCUAAACAGAGAGGAAGAACGCUAAAAUUUCUUCAAAAUCGUAAAGAGUUUCUGCUGGGUUAUCUGGUGGUAUACAUUGUAAUAUUGAUAAUGAAGAAGCAAGCAUGAUCGUUCUACUACAAUUUCUGCGGGGAAAUCAUCAGCAGCGACAGCGUUGCAUCGAAAUAGACAGAGGUACCGACUUCUACGCAAUCCGUGUGGUACAUUCUGUUAAGACUGAAAUGAGUUAUUGAUGCAAUAAAAUAGACACAUUAUGCUGAACUUUAACGUUUUAUUGUAAUUUUACUUCUUAUUUGUUUCUUACGUAAUGUAGCAUAAAUGAACACUACUCUCAUUUUUAGGAAGAUAAAAUUCAGUGAAAAUUGGCCCAGCCAACCGUUGAUUCUCAUCACUUCCAUCAAAUGGAAAUGGAGAAAGGGAAACGUUUCUUUAGUUACGCCGGAUAGAGUUUUAGAAUAAAAAAGAAAAUUACGUAAUGAGUAAUUAUUUUUAUCCCUGUCUGUAUACGGUAUUAUGCAACUGUGACCCAGCUGUAGGGGUGAAAUAUUCCAUAGCAGGGAUUGUAACUACGAAUUAUCUAUUCAAUUAACUUAAACGGUCGUACCAACGAAUUUCAGGCCGCAAGGAGGUAUUAACUCAAUAGUUUUUCUUUGUUUUUCAGUGUCCUUUCCAUUAUUCACUGUCUUUCUUUUCUUCAGUUUUUGAGACCAUAUCAUGCAUUCG